AUGGUGAAGUUUGCACCAGAAAUGACCGCUGCCUCAAUGGCAGAUGUAUUGAUACACCACUCAGGUGCCUUUCAUGUGAAUAUUGUUACAAUGACGAAUGUCGAGCGGGAUAUGGAUAUUGUGCGAUCGAUGGGUCUUGCUACAGCCAUGGGGAUCGGAGCCCAUACUCUCAAUGCAAGGUUUCUACCUAACAUUAGCAUCAAUAGCUUAGUAUGCUUUAAGCUUAUAUAUGAAUAUUAUCAUAUCAUGACUUUAAACCAGCUUUUUUAAGUAUUAAAUUUAGGUAUUGAUCAAUAUCUUUGCAAAGAGAUGUGGUGGGGGGUUCGGUGAUGUAGUUUGGGUAAAAAUUCUUUAAUAUAACACUACAUAGCUAAAUGCAUGGACAGUUUUUCCGUUCUGUCAUUCCGGGAUAAUUUUCGCUGAAAUCACCUUAAAACAUAUUCCCUCCCUCAAAGGUUAAAUGGAUGAUUCUUAUAGUUAAGUUUAUAUUAGCGGAUUUCUUUGGUUUAACUUUUAUUAGUUUAAGUAAAUUAUAAUUAUAUGAAUAGAGGCGUCGCUUCUAAGUGUUGUGAAAUCUGUAUAUUCUUGCCUAAUGUGCUGUAAAGAAAUUCAGUCACGCAUCUCUGAGCCGUCUUUAAAAAUCAAAUAUUACAGUGGAAUCUUUCCUUUAGAAGCCCAUGAAAGUAAAAGCUCAGAAGGAUCAAUAGUUCUAUAGUUUGAAUUUUGAUGACGUCAUGUGAAAAACAGUAAUUGUAAGGAGACCAUAGCCUCCAUAGUCUGGGGACACAAAAUUUGGUACCGAAAAAAUGUUUACAUAAUCUUCAGUGGAAAGGGACACUUUUUCUGACAGUUUUCACAGCAUGAACUAUUUCACUUUAAUUGAUAUACUGCAGUUAACUUGUGGGAAUUCACUCACAAUGUCGCAUAGAAAAGUAAGUUAUGAUUGUUUUAAGCACCACAUCAAUUAAUUUAUUAACAACCAACCCACCACUUGCCACCUGUGUCCCCUGAAUAGAGGUUCCAAUGAAUAACUAUAAUUUUGUUGCCCAGAAAUGUGAUAGCCGAUACAAGACAUCGUGGACAAACGACGAUUCCCGUUCCUGCAGUGACGGUAUUGCUUGCACCAGAAGUGACCGCUGCUCCAGUGGCAGAUGUAUUGGUACACCAUUCACGUGCCUUUUUUGUGAAUAUUGUUACAAUGACGCCUGUCGUGUGAGACCCGGAUAUUGCGCGAUCUUUGUGGGAGGCUACUGGAGUAGCAGCAAAAAAAAAUGCUUCACCCGUCGAACUCGUAGGCCAAGCUAUCCAUGCCAGGUCACUACCUAACAUUAAAAUAUCUAGAAUAACUUAGUGUCCUAAAAGUUAAUAUAUGAAGUACAAGAUAACCUCACAAUUUACUUUUUUUUCUAGAUAUUUACUUUACUUUACACACACGAGUUACCAUGUCUUGUCGUAGUAAUCUUAAGCAAUUUACAAUUCUCCUCCAGCAACUAUUCUCGGUUCAACGAGCUUUCCUAGCUUUCAGAACAAUCACGUGCAGCACUUUUUUCACGUGUAAAUGUCUUUAUAAUCGAGGUGGCCUCUUUAUAAUCCUGGUAUUAGCCUCCCACACAGGCGUUUUUAGGGGAGCUCGUCUUUCAUCCCUCCCUCCUUUGUGGGGAGGGAUGAAAGAGGAGCUCCCCUAAAAACGCCUGUGUGGGAGGCUGGUACUGUAUUGAAACAAGGCAAAUAAAUAAAUGACGUUAAUGAUGAUGACGACAACGAUGAUGAUGAUGAAAAAAUUGCACAAAGCCGAUGUUACCACGGUAAACUCUACAAAAUUUCAAACAUUUUCAGACAUGGCAAAUCAUCGUGUCAAUCGUUUCCCAAACUGGCGUCAAGUUUAAUUUUAUAAAUAUACGGCCAGAAAGCGAACAAAUAAGAUACCUAAAAUACCAAAAUCACUGAUUGUGAUCCAUUACACAGCAAAUUAUAAGAUCACAAUUGGAUAGUUUAACCUAUAAAUUAUCAUUCAAGGAAAUAUUUUUGGUAGUGCAUGACACUUUAAAAGUGAAUAAAGUAGUGUAAUUGUCACGUGAUGGUUUUAUGAACUAAAAGGUGGCAGAUUAAAAUGCCUCUGAGGGUAUUGCUUUCCCUCUUGGAACGUAUGCUAGUUCAUUACAAGGCUACCCGAGCAGCAUGUCGCCGGUACCUAUUUAUACAUCUGCUUGGAAAAACACAUAAAGGAGCAAAGAGUCUUGUCUAAGGAAACAUGGCGACAGCUGCAUGCAAAGCUUGAAUUCUGACCGACUCGAAGUUCAAGACUUUAAUGUUUUAUCGGUCGGCCACAACGACUUCACAUAAUGAACACUUUUAGACUAUAUCCACACAUGUCCGGAUAUUAUCAAAACCCAUACUUUUUUACUCGAAUCGAUCGGCUCUUCGUCCACACGAAACCCGUGAAUCCAGUCACUGAAACUGCACUUAAUAGCGGCGUAAGCCCCCGUCCACACGAAUCCGCUUAAAAAUAAUUGGGUUUUUCAAGAAUGUUUGGAUUCGUUUGGACAUGGCCUUAAACUAUGCGGGCAUUGAUGUGAUCAGGGAAAGUUCUAAAAUAGAAGACUUGAUGUAUUUGUUAGUCCGUGUGUUUAUUCAUUUAUUUGGCUAGUUCCAUUUUUAUUAAUCACCUAAUUGAAACAUUUGUACAGAAUGCCCACGAUUUUCCUUUAGGAAUGUGAUAGCAACAAUCCACGUCGAUGGACCAUAAACAACAACUUGCGAUGCAGUGACUAUAACAGAAGGACCAAGGACGACCGUUGUCGUAAUGGAUAUUGCAGAGGAACACCUUACAACUGUCUUUCAUGUGAGCAACAUGAUGGAAGUGGCUGUCCAAUAAGACCAGGGUUCUGCAUCAUACUGAAGGGAAACCAAAGAAGGUGUUAUGCUAAGAAUCAGUAUAAACCAGGAAAUCGUUGUCAGGUAGGCUGUAAAAUAUGGAUUCAGUUAGGGUUACAGGUAUAUCCAGUUCAAAGUAUUAGCUGUCGAUAAUUAUAGUUACUCCUCUACCGGUCAAUAGAGAUUUUUGCUUACAGUCCAGUUUCCGCUAACGCACACCUCGCCUCUCCUUAGCGAAUACUUUGUCUGGUCCCAAGGGUUUAUCUUAAAUUGAGACAUUUAUAUUUAGAUGUUUACCGUAAAUCCACUAAUAAGCCCCUCCCCUUUUCAAAGUUCCUUGACAUUAAUAAGCCCCCAGGUGCCUUGAUAGAGGAUUUGCGCUUAUCAAACUGCUGCAGCAAGUCAAAAAAUAUUCAAGUCAGUGUUCUUAUUCAAAAACCCUUGGAAUAUCGAUAGCCCUUGUUUUGAUAGCUUAUUUGGUCCUAAUAGAAUUAAAACUAUAGCAUUAACUAUUAACAAUUUUUACCCUCAAGUGGUGUGACCCAGGAAAAAGCACUAGUACGUGGACAAAUCGCGAAGGAGUGGCUUGUGAUGAUGGUGACAAGUGCACAUGGGGUGACACGUGUCGCAGAGGCCAAUGCAUCGCGACGCCAUUCACAUGCAAUUCAGUGUGCCAGUACUGCAAUGGCUAUAACUGCAGUCUGAAAACAGGAUAUGGAUUCGUAAACGACAGGUGCACUUGUAAACUCGCAGGUAGAUGUAACUAAGUAACUUCAGUCAGAAUGAACAAUACUUUAGGCUCAAAUUUCCACCUCUUUCUCGUUCCCCCUCGAGAAGAGACGGCUGGACGAGUGAGUGGCCGAUCCUGUCUGUGACGUAAAUUUAAAAUUUAAUUUAUGCGUCGUUACGAAACAAUAGAAACGGAAAAUGUCAUCACACACUGAACACUUGUUGUCGUUUUUGCCUUUUUGUCGCGUUGUUCUUCGCCAAUAAACUCAGAAGCAAUGCCUACUAUUUCAUGCGAAAGCGAAUUUAGGCGUGAAAUUACAACAGAAAUGGACUUGAAAGUCGUCUCUUUCACGAUGGCUUACAACAAACAUCGAUCGGUAGAGAAUGAAAAAUAAUUGAGAAUCUAGGAUAAGAGUUAGUUAAACAAUUUGGUAAGUCGUUUAUGUAUAGCUAAAACAAUAGAGGACCCAAUAUAGUCCCUUGAGGGAUACCACAUUGGAGAGAGCAGGUUUUGGAAAGUAAACCACUAAGAGAACAUAUUUGAGUUCGGUUUUCUAAAUAUGAUUUAAACCAAUUGCAAGCAUUUUCUUGAAUUCCGUAGGUGAUUAAUUUAGACAGUAAUAUCGUGUGGUCUGCUGUAUCAAAGGCCUUUUUUAAAUCUAGAAAUACUACAGCAUUAAUGUUCCACGAUCAGUAUCAAAAGCCCAGCUAUCGGUCGCCUCUAGUAGAGCAGUGACCGUAGAAUAGAGAGAGCGAAAUCCGGAUUGACUUUUUGAAAUAAUGCUAUGUUCUGAUAGGUUCACAUAUACUUGAUCGUACGUUAUUCUUUCGAAUACCUUGGCCACCACAGAGAUAACAGAAAUGGGACGGUAAUUGUUCAUAUCACUCGAACUUCCCUGUUUGAAUAAAGGAGUAACUUUAGCACAUUUCCAGUCAUCUUGGAAUAUGCCUGUAGUCAAAGAAUAAUUAAAGAUCUUGCAAACAGAAAUCAAAAUUAAAUCAGCACAUUCACGAAUUAGUCUCGCAGAUAUUUUAUCGCGACCGGUUGCUUUUGACAUGCUAAGUUUAUUCAAUAGUGAAAACACUUGACUGCAAUUUGUCGGAGUAAAACAGAAUCUUUGGUCAGUGAUGAUAAGAUAUUCAAGACAACUUUUGUUGCCGUUAGCUGCCGACGGGAUCUCAUUAGCAAGUUUCGGGCCGAUUGUGGAAAAAUGUUCAUUAAACGCAUUUGCUAAAUCGGGAGUUUUGUUUAUAGAAACAACGUUUACAAUUAGUUCUUUAAUAGAGGAGGUGUUAUUUUUGCGAGAUGUAAGUUCGUUUACAGUUUGCCAGGUGCGUCGAGAGUCAUUUUUGUGUUCAUUAAGUGAUUAUAAUAAGAUUCCUUUGCGAUCUUGAUGUUACUGUUAACUUUGUUGCGAAGUCGUUUAAGUUUACCCCAAUCCUGUGGGUUCUUUGAACGUAUUGCUUUCAACUUCAUGAUGUCUCGUUCAUGCAUACUUUUUUCAACUCUGAAGAAAUCCAAGGAGAUCUUUUUGAACGGACCCGCUUUGUUCGUAAAGGAGCAUGAGUGUUAACAACAUUUAAGAACUUAAUUUUCCACUCACGCCACAAAUCAUUUGGGUCUUGAAAAUUGUUUAAGACAUUCCAGUUUUGAGAAGCAAUGUGGCUGCGAAAAAGGUCACGAUUGAAAUUUUUAAAACUUUUGUAGUUAAUAGUAUUGUGUUUUUUGUAAACGGCUUCAAUCGACAGCUUUUGAUAAGCAAAAACGAGACUAUGGUCACUGAUGCUGACAUGACAAACUCCACAGCACACUACUUUAUCGGGAUAGUAUAUAUCAGAUCUAUUAGAGUAGAUGUUGUGUCAGUGACGCGCGUAAGCUCGUUUAUCAGCUGGUGAAGGCCAUACAGGUCAGUGAUAUCCAACAACAACCGAAAAUUAGUGUCAUACAUUGAAGCCAUGUUGCAAUUCAAAUAUCCCAUUAAAUAGAAUUCGACACUUUCGGAAUCAAGGCGUCUAAUAAGAAUUUCUAGAGAUGAGAAUACUUUAUUGGAAGAAUUAGGUGGCCUGUACCACGUGACAAUAACAAACGGUUUUGAAUUCGGUUGCAGCUCGUAGUGGAGCUUUCUCUGUGAAUGAUUUUAGGGUGAUAAGAAAUAGUUUUUUACCCGAUACUUAGUAGUACCAAUUAGUUUAUUUCAUGUUUGUGGAAGCUCAUUUUCAGUAUAUAGCUUAUAAAAGCGUAGUCCGCGCCCAGGUUGAGUACUGCUUAAGUGUUUGGGACCCCCACCCUGGCUUUGAGAAUACCGGUUCAUAUAAGAUCGAAAGGAUACAGCAUAGCGCGUAUCGAUGGCGCCUGCGCCGAUACAACAACACAUCUAGCAUCACAAACAUGCUUGAAGACCUGGGAUGGCGUACCCCAGAGCAACGUUGGACUUACAGUCGGCUCACGGCCCUCCUUAAGAUCACACGGGGGUCCUCGCUGUUAAGUCUCACGCGCUUCUGCGCUCUGUCAUGCGCAGGCCACGUCGCUAGCAUUAGGAGAGUUUCAUCCCGCUUGAAACUAGCCUGUCCUCUGAGUAUCUAUCCUUUUUCUCAAGAACAUUUAUUUAGUGGAAGAAUUUACCUGCUUCCGUCUUUAGCAAACAAUGCCCUUUAAAUACUUUCAAAGCCCAUGUAAGCUGCCUAAAUCAUCUACCUGUUUAUUAUUUUGUUUUGCUGACCAACCCAGUCAAUAAUCCUCAAAUGUGAUGGCUAGGCUGUACACGGUGAAUGUAAACGUUUGAUUGUACAAAGUGAAAAAACAUUGUAUUUGAACAGAAAAUACCACUUAAAUCUAUCACUGCUGAUGGCGAUCAUUAAGCCAAAUACGUGUAAUAAGGUAUAUUUUUGCUACAGGCAAGGACUAUGGCCGCCAGACAUUAAAUCCGUCGAACCAGUGUCAGUGGUGUGACCUGUAUGACUCAACCGCUCGUGCUAACAGUGUCUGGUCAGAUCGCCCUGCAGUAGCUUGUGACGAUCAAGAUGCAUGCACCAAGCAGGACACUUGUAAUGCGGGCAGGUAUGUACAAGUAAGCGCAUGUACUCGUGGGUUCAUGGGUGGUCUACUAUUUAACCAACAUAUUUUACCUGUAGUUUUUCUCUAGUUAUAGAUCAGAGAUGACACAAAAUCGUAGAUCAUAGGAAGCGACCAAUUACAGCCUCCGUAGUUUUCAGUACGUUGUGUAGAGGACGGUGCACAUGGUACUGUACCUAAAAACUGCCAUAAAGUUUUAAACUGGCUGAAUAAUACACUUGUUUUUGGAACUUUUUCUGAAGCGUCAGUGUUCACAUUGCUGUCAGUUAUUAAUUCUCUUUAAGAACGCUUGUGGAAGCAAAACAUUCGAUAUAGCUUCAGUUUUUAUUUCAUUCGUCAUCCUAUCUUUGCAGUUACUUCAAUAGUGAGUGGUAACAAAUUUACGAGUAAAUUUGUGUCAAUGAUUUUUAAGGCAGCCAUUUCCCGAGAUUAUCGUACGGCGUAAGUUACAUUGUAAGUUACAAUGUAUCUUAAAACUUCAGGUGUCUUGGUCAAGGAUACUCUUGUCAAUCUUCUUUCCCAUCCCCGAGUUGUAUCCAGACGUCUGUGUGUGUUGGUGAUGGUACAUGCCGCUUUACAAUGAAGUCAAAUGGAACAGUAUGUCGAGCAGCUACGGACAAUUGUGACACACCGGAGAGGUAGGACUUCAAAUUGGAUUAUCUCAAUUUCAUCAAAACAUCUCACAGAUAUACUUAUCCUUAGAGCCAAGUUCCCAUUUUCGUUGCAAACAUUUCUAAUGCAACCUACCUAUGCCAGACAAAUUGGCGGUGAUAAAAUGGUCAACUCAGGUUUGCUGAAGGGUUAACCAGUAGACUGGGGCUUCAUAUCGGGAACAUUGGUUCAAUGAAGUGGCGGUUUAUUAAACCUGUCCUGAGGUUUUACAACCUUUUAAGUUAAUUGCUGAUUUAUGUUUGAUAAAGGUGUAAUGGUGUCCUUAUGACCUGUCCUGAAGCAGUGACCGAUAGCAUCGAGUUAAAAGCCGGCCAAGUGCAGUUCAUGGACUCAAGGUUUCACUCAAUCGUCACUCACCAGUACUUUACUGACAGGGUGUAUUUGAAGCUCUCUGGAUUCUCUGUGUCUUGUGGAAAGAUUCAUUUUACAUGGUUCCUUCUUUCUGGAAUGUCGUCUUGUUCUUUAAAUUCGUCCUUUAGUGGCUCUUUACCGGGCACCAGCAGAUAUCACACUAUUACUGGAUUGACAAUGGAAGAUUACAAAAACUACAAAUUUGCCGUGAAAGCGUCUGACAUGCGACUGCAGGUAUAUAAAGUAGUCUGCAGUGAUUUAAUAGUCAUAGAUACAUCAAAGCCGCACGAUGGGUGGAUUCGGGAUGGGUCUGCGAGUGACCUGAGUUACCAAGCUUCCAAAUUAUUGCAGGUAAACUGGGGUGGAGUACUAACAAGACACGGUGUUGGCAAUUACGAUUGGAAAGUUCUCCUAACCCCUUUCAACACAAAUCAGACCAUGGAACUUAUGCCCUUUACGAAUGUAUAUCGGAACACUAGCGCACAAAAAACAUUCAACAACAUCACAGACGGUUCAAAAGUAAAAUUCGUUGUUCGAGCUUACACCAAAGCGGGACUGUUUUCAGACCUCACGAGUAACGGCGUUGUCAUCGACACGUCAGCACCUGUUGCAGGAAAAAUCUUUGAUGGUAAUCAAGUUGGCUUAGAUUUAAAAUUUGCUCAAUGGUCGAAUACCUUCAAUACAAACUGGGACCGCUUUAUUGAUCCCCAUUCUCCCAUUUCGCGUUACACUUGGGCGUUGCAGCGACUAGGCACUGGAUUAAUUACCUCUUUUAAGGCUACAGCACUUAACCGCGCUCCUGCAGCAACUAACCUUAACCUAGUAUCCGGCGAGAGCUACUGCGCAGUUGUCAGAGGCUAUAACGAGGCUGGUCUUUACACCCAAGUCAACUCAGAUUGUGUGUUGAUAGACCACGAUGUACCGCUACCUGGCACUGUAAAUGAUGGACACUUCCAUGAUGUAGACUACCAAUCGGAGGACACCAUGAUAGCAGCUAAUUGGCAUGGUUUCACUGAUGGGAGUAAAGGAAGUGGAAUUGUGGAGUACAGAUGCAAAGUCACAGAAGACGGUGGAGCUAUAAUUGUUCCCUGGACAUCUGCCGGCAAUGCCACUAACAUAAUGCUUAACGGCUUAGUUCUUAAGAACAACACAAAGUACUUCGUUACCGUUAAAGCAGUCGAUGCAGUGGGACUUAGCACUGACAUCACUACGGAUGGUGUUACUUUAGACACAACACAUCCUGUUUUCACAGGAAAAGUGAUCGUAACCGGAGGGGAUGACGUGAUAAAUGGAACUCCUUGCGUUUACAUUUCAAGUGUAUCCUCAGUAACUGUGCAGUGGAAUGGUUUCUCUGACGCGCACAGUGGACUUCAGCGAUAUGAAUGGGCGAUUAUCCCCUCAGACAAGUCUAUCUCAGACUCUGACUUCAAAGAAGUAUCUGGAUCCAGUAUUCCGACAUUUGCAACAUUUUACAAUCUAGCGCUUAUCCAAGGAAAGGGGUAUUAUGUCAUCAUACGAGCCUAUAAUGGCGCCAAGCUAUAUAAAGACGCGUUCUCAGUCGUUGUGAUCCCCGACUACACCCCUCCAUCCCCUGGAGAGGUGUUCGACGGACCAACAUUCAAAGUAGAUAUUGACUAUCAGGCUGAGAUUCAACAUGUUUAUGGGUCUUGGUCAAGUUUCUCUGAGCCUCACAGUGCAGUGAAGCAGUACUACUAUGCCGUAGGAAGCUGUAUAUUUGGUAACAAUCAUAUUACAGGAAACGGAUUCACUCAAACCGACCCUCCAAGGGCUUCUUCAUUUUUGAUUUCAAACGUUUCACUUGUUAAUGGCCAGCGAUAUUGCAUCAAGAUUAAGGCUGAAAACAAAGCUGGGCUGAUGAGUUACGAAGUAUCAUCAAAUGGUUUUGUCGUUGACGUAACACCUCCAAACACUCGGAAAGCUCAAGUGCGUGACGGAAUCACGGGUGCGGAUAUAGAUUAUCAAGCUAAUACCACAGCAAUGUCAGCUGAAUGGGAUGGUUUUGCUGACCUUGAGUCUCAAAUCCAAUAUUAUGAAUAUGGAGUAAGCAGAAAUCGUGCUGGCACGCCUAAUGUUUAUCCAUUAACAACUAAUGGCCUUAACACUUCAGCAACUGCAGGUGGCUUAUCGCUGACUGAUGAUGUCUACUACUUCAUAGUUUGUGCUGUAAACAAUGCGGGGUUACGCAGUUGCAUCAGCUCUGAUGGAGUACUUAUCGAUUUGACUCCUCCAAGCCAUGGUGUAGUGCACGACGGCAUCAUCGAGCCAGAUCUGCAGUAUCAGUCCUCUCUAUCAAAUAUGGCUGCCAACUGGGAAGGAAUCUGGGACUUGGAGAGUGGUAUUGAGAAGUUUGAGUGGAGUAUUGGAAAUAGUGCAAAUGAUAAGAGCAGUGUUCAAGAUUACGUCGAUGUUGGUCUCUCUACUCACGUUAGAAGUCCAUCAGCUCUUAACUUAUCAAGUGGGACAAAGUAUUUUGUUCAUCUUAAGGUAAUCAAUCAAGCAGGAGCGGUCAGAGAACUUAUUUCAGACGGUGUGAUUGCAGAUGGGACGCCACCAAUACCAAGCAAAAUCUAUCCAGGAUUUGGGCCCCAAGAUGAAUGGAUAUACAGUGAAGAAGAGAAUGCCUUCUACUCUGCUUCUGGCUCAAGCAUCGCUAUAUACUGGGACCAGUUCUCGGAGCCUGAAAGUGAGGUUUGGUACUACAAAUGGGCAAUAGGUACAAGCAAAUGCGGCACUCAAGUUCAACCACUUAUUAACAUAGGCCGGUCAAACUACGCCAACACCACGACGACAAACCUCUUUUUUAGGCCCGGCGUGAGAUAUUACGCCAGCGUGAUGUCAAGAAACAAAGCUGGCCUAGUGUCGAGGGCUUGCUCUGAUGCGCUUGUCUUUGAUAACAGUCCACCGCUUCCAGGAAUUAUUCACAUAAAACAACCGCCAGGAAGCAAUAUAACUAAGACUUUCAUUGCUAACAACAGUGCGGCUAUUUAUUGGGAAGGAUUUAGUGACCCAGAGAGUGAGAUACAACUAUGCAAUAUUUCAAUCAUUGACCAAGCUGGCGACAUUAAGUUCGUAGAAACCACCAAUUCAUCUUCUGGGUUUAUCAUGAUACCUGACAACGUCCUCUUCGUAGAUGGACAAUACAAUAUUAGCGCAUAUUGUAUCAAUAAUGCAAAUCUUGCUUGCUUGUCAAGCUCAGUAUUUAUCGUUGAUAACACGCCACCAGCUCAGUCUGGUCCUGUUGUAACGGGCAUAUCAUUCGAUGGCGCUUUACAUUAUCAGUCUGAUGAUAAAUCUAUUAAAGGAUCCUGGCCACCGUUCACGGACCCUGAAAGCGGUAUAGAAAGAUAUUAUGUGGCAAUUGGUUCACAACCUUACCAAGGCGAUAUCAUUGGUUUUGAAAACGUGUACCUCGCUACUCGCAUAAACAAGACCGACGUUACUCUUUCUCAAGGUGCCAUAUGCUACAUCACAGUUGUAGCAGUAAAUCGUGCUGGAUUGAGCACGAACGUAUCAUCUCUUGGCCUUUUGAUAGACAAAACGCCCCCUCUUGUCGACAAUGCUUAUAUCAUAGAUGGUAUGCGUGGUGCAGAUAUCGACUUUAUCUCUCCUGAUACUGUACUAUCAGCCCACUGGGAAAAGAUAGCAGAUCUCGAAAGCGGUAUUAUGCAAAGUCGGUAUUGUGUUGGAACCAAACCACUUGGUUGCCAAAUAAAACCAAUGACCAGUGUCGGUAGAAAUUUGUCUUUCACUUGUCCAGAUUGCAUCAUUCAAGAGGGGAUGAGAUUGUAUGUAACAGUGCAGGUGACAAAUGGUGCUGGUCUAAGUGAGACACGACACUCUGAUGGAAUGUUUUUGGAUGUUAGUCCUCCGCUAAUGGGCGAUGUUCAUGAUGGAAGUCAUGUAACUGGAAUGGACUACAAUGUAGUUCUUGAGCAGUGGAAUAUUUCUAUGACUUGGUUUGGAGUGGAAGAUGAUGAAAGUGGCAUACGAUCUUGCAAAUGGACCAUUGAAAGUAACAGUGGGAGCAUAUUUCAUACAGAUGACAUAAGCAAUAACACCAUUUAUGAAGAACGAAAUCUAUUCUUACUCAACCAGACAUACAAAACUCUCCUUGUCAUUCCUAACGCGACUUAUUUCAAUGUAUUGACCUGCAUCAACAGAGCAGGUUUACAUUCCACCGUGCGCUCUAAUGGUUUCCAAGUAAGGACCAUUUGGCCUAUCCCAGCUGUUGUAAGAGUUGGUGCAACCCAAGGCAAAGACGCAGCUUAUGUAACAAGUUACAAAAUCAUAAAUACCAACUGGGAUCCAUUUUUUGACGAUGAAAGCGAUCCUGUUGUCGACUACGAGUUAGCUGUCGGGACAGUAACAGACAAGGAGAGCGUCCUUGGCUUCACUAGUGUAGGGUUGGGGAGGAUUGUUGAAAUAGACUUGGCUCCAGGCAUUCCAGAUCUUGAAGUCCUAGAGACUGGUGUGACGUAUUACACCACCAUAAAAGCGACUUCUUUGCGUGGUCUCAGUUCUAUAAAGCGCUCCACUGGCUUUACUGUAGACCCUAGCCCGCCAAUGCAAACGGAACUUUUAGUGUCACACAAAGUUAUAGAUCAGAUUGCACGAACAGUUAAAAUAAGAGUUUCUUGGAAUAGUGUCAGGGAUAGGGAAAGUGGCAUUAGUAACAGUGCGUAUUGUCUAGGUACAACACCUGGCAGGUGCCAAAGGGCCUCUAUUCCAGCGGGUCUUUCUACCUUUGGAACUAUUGGCCCCUUUAGGCCUCGUCCAUGGGUUCAUUAUUUCGUCAUUGUCGUGGUAACUAAUGGAGCUGGUUUGAUUACAGUGAUGUCCUCCAGGAAGUUAUUAUUUGACACCACUCCCCCAUCCAAGGGUAUUGUUAUCGAUGGUAUCGGCCCUGACAUUGAUUACAUGAAUUAUACGAGCUCUUUGUCGAUUCAGUGGAAAGGGAUUGAUGACCAAGAGUCAGGUAUUGCAAAUUGUUCAUGGACUCUCAUUGAACAGUCUGCUUCUGAUAACAGAACUGCAUUUGAAAAUGAUACUGUUGUGUUAACACAACCCGUGGAAAGCAAAGGAAGCCUCACACGUGAGAAUCUCAGUCUGAUACCAGGCGCCCGUUACGUCAGCAAAAUCGCGUGCUCCAAUAAUGACGGUUUUAUCUCCACGUCCUUCUCUGAUGGUGUUGUUGUAGACGUUACUUCGCCAAGUGCUGUUCUUGUGCGAGACGGUUCAUCUCUAUCAACUGACGUGGAAUAUCAGUCAUCGACAACGGUAGUAGAGGCAAUAUGGAGUCCCUUUGAGGAUCAUGAAAGUGGGAUCAGGGAAUACAGGUGGGGCUUAGGGACAAUGCCUGAUGAUGUUAGCAUCGUAAAAUUUACUUCUACUGGAAAGGACACAACGGGAAGAGCAAGGAACGUCACUCUUUCCCAUGGCGUAAGGUAUUACGUUACUGUGGAAGCUACAAAUGGUGCCGGGAUGACGUCACAUGGUUGGUCUAGUGGGUUUACUGUUGAUGUAACUCCUCCUGAGAUCACUGAGGUAAAUAAAACUCAGAAAUAUAUUUUUACUACAUAUAGGGGCAAAACAAAUCGAACAUAUUGAAAACAAUGAUUAUUCUAACUAAUACUAAAAUCAAACCUAUGCCCGGCGGAACUACCUUUGCUGACCAGUAAUAACAUUUGUGCCUGUUUAUUAUGCAGGAAUCAGCUGGUUCAGAACUUUGGAUUGGUCCAACAGAUCAUCUGCACGCUACGUGGAAGGCGCAAGAUCUCGAAAGUGAUAUUAGCAAGACCGAGUAUUGCGUUGGAACGUUACCAGUCGGAUGUCAAAUAAAGUCCAUGACCGAAGUAUUUCCGAACUCAACAGAAGUAUCUUGCAAAGACUGCCGCCUUAAUCAUUAUGGGACGUACUUUGUCAGCAUUAGAGUAACUAAUGGUGCCGGGCUUUCUACUGUGACAGCAAUAAACGAAACGAAAGUUGAUAUGACUGCCCCUGUCCUCUAUGAUUUAGUUCCCCAGUUUGGCUUUAUUUCUUGCAUUUCGAGUUGUAACUUGGUUGUAAAUAUUACUGGUGUCCGAGACGAAGAAAGUGGUGUCCGAUCCUGCAGCUAUGCCGUCAAAAACAGUAGUUGUACGAUAACGGACUUUGUUGAUAUUGGACUGAACACAACCUUGGAAGCUACAGAUCUAGAGCUGAUGAAUGGGCAACAGUAUUACACUGUGGUGAGAUGUGAAAACAAUGUUGGACUUACCACUGAGAGAGUCUCUUCUCCAGUUGUUGUUGACAACACACCUCCUUCAAAGGUAUGGAAUCUUCCUCACAUUUGAAAAAGUUAUAUUUUAUCGAUUAGCGGAAAAGAAAAUAAAGUGAUUGUUACUGUGCACCUAAUUUCAGUUUAGGCUUCUUGCCUGAUGGAGGCGGAAAAAUAAACUGCCAUUGAAAAACACGUAGUAAUCCUUCAUGUUGUACCAGUUUGUCCCAAAUGGUUAACACGUCGUCGGGUUUGAGUUAUUUCACUACUUCAAGUUUUUUAGCGUCCCUGGUCAGUUUCUUAACGUCUUGCUAGUAUUUUAUAGGAUUCAUCGCUCUUAAAACCCGCCAAUAAAGGAAGAAAGGCGAUAUAUGGAAAGUUUUAUCGUUUUAGGCCCGUUUCAAACGUCGUGCUACUGCCGUGCCGCACUCAAUUGAUCGAAUUAAAUUCGUCUUAAGCACGGCAGUAGUGCGACGUUUGAAACCAAGUCGUGCUACCGCAGUGCCGAACUCAAUUCAUAAAUUAUAAAUACGUUAGAAUACAUUUAAAAGUUUGCUAAACCGUUUCUUUAUUUUUGUGGUUUGUUUUCGGCAACAGCCGUUCUAUUCGACUGAAUUAAAUUCGACGUCUGAAACUAAGAAGUCGUGCUAGUGUCGUGCUGCAGUCGAGCUACAGUCGAGCCAGCUUAGCACGGCAGUAGCAUGACGUUUGAAACAGGCCUUAGAGUGUCAAAAUAGCAACCAGGAAGUAAGUGAAAUAUCCUGUAGACCAUAGAAACCUUGAAUAAAAUGAGUGAACAAGGCUUCAAUCUUUUUUAGCAUAUACUAAAACAGUGGAUAGUGUUUUUCGCGCGCUCUGAUUGGCUACUCAAUCAGGGAAUAUCCUGCACUCUAAGAUCUGAACUUCGAUUCUGAUUGGUUGAAGCAAAUUUACCUCGCGGCGCAGACCUAUCAGAAGCUCUACCCAGGUCUGGGUGGUGAGUUUUCAUUCGAGUAUGGAACUUCAGCUGCAGUUAUUGGCGUUCCACAGACGUCAUUUCGCGGGGAAAAGAGUGGUGGCAUCUCGAAAUGUCAGCUGUUUUCUCAGGCUAACGUGUUUGCUUUAAUGUUCCUUCCCAUUUAUCCUUCUAUCAUGACCUCCAAACUUAUUGUACAUUGCACCCAAAUAAGAGACAAAAAGGGACCCACACACUUUACCUCAAUUUUACAGGGCUCGGUGAUUGUGAGUGAAGACCGUACGCAUGACGUUUUUGGCAUACAUUCCAGUUGUCAUCUGUUUAACAAAACACUGCGGGCUCAUUGGUACGGUUUUAACGACAAUGAAUCGGAAAUCAGUGACUUUCGAGUAGCAGUCGGUAGACAGCCCAACGCGACCGACGUCUUGCAGUUCCAAAAAGUUGGUUUGGUUACAGACGUUUAUCUGCCUUUAACCAGCAGUACAUUUGAUGGCGACAUCGUCUAUGUGACAGUAGAGUCACGCAAUUUGGCUGGUUUGGUAACGCGUAGUUCGUCACCUGCUACACGGCUAGUUGCUGCCGAUAGCGACGAGUACAUUAAGCAGGGAGAUUUUUACUGUCUGAACGUUUAA